AUGAUGAGCACCCGUGGGACGCAGUCCUCUGAUCCUGGCGAACCGCCGGGGGAAGAACUUGCGAAUUCUGGUCAAAACACCAUUUCCAACUUGUCACACAAGUGCGAUACAGCCUUCGCCAAAUUGCGUCAGGAUGCAGGCAAUUCUCAGUAUCGCGAUCUUGACAACACCAUCGUCGAUGAGACAGGAAGGUUCAGGAUAUGGGCAGCAAACAUCGGCGCUUUGCAAGAUCCGAGUUUGGCAAGCUCCCUGGAUUCUAGACUGAAAGCAGCGGAUCGGAUGAGAAAUUUCGUGUCAUCAGGUUUGAUACGCUUGGGAGACGCCAUCGGCCGAGCAACUAGAAUCAUCUCAGGUGACUUGCCGAACAGAUCGAGCAAGCCUACCACCUCUGAACAACUGUUGGCAAAGCAGUCCAUUCAGAUUAUUACGGACACUCUUGCGAACGAUGACCGCGGCGGGAUGGGCAUACCGUCGGACACGACGGAGCUCGUCGAGCUAUUCCGCAACAUUCAUUCCAGCAUCACGCAUCUGUUUACUCUAUCAACUCUGAUUCGCCAAGAUCGUCCUCGUGGCCGUAUGGGAAGACAAAGGCCACAGGCUUCUCAAACCGACCCCGGCCCUGAUAUUGUCAACGUGCGCGACAAGUUCCCCAAGCUGAAGCAGAGACCUCAACUCGCGAUACGCAUAGGCACGUGGGUCAACAGGCAGAGAGAAUACAUCCGCUAUAGGCAAAGCCAUCGCAAGAGACUGGCACAUUCCAAUGAGGAUUCUCUCGGCGAUGAGCACUCUUGUCGCGCCACCACGAAGGCGACAUCUUAUCAUGACCAGCUCGAUGUGCCCAGCGGUGCUGUCUCACAACAAGGUGAAGACAGAGAAGGAAGUUUCAUCAGUGUAGCAACAUCUUUUGCUACGACCGCUGCCGGUGACACGGCGACUGGACGUCAAAUUCCGAAUCUCACGGACAUGUGGCUUGACGGCGUCAAACUGGACUACAACCAGCAUAUCGAAUGCCCUUACUGUCGGACUAUUCAAGUGAUCGAAAGCAGAAACCACUGGAGACGGCAUGUUUAUCGCGAUCUUCAAAUGUACAUUUGUACCUUCGAGGAUUGCGUAGCAGACCCCUUCCCGACUUCUCAUGAUUGGUUCAAGCAUGAAAUGGACAAUCAUAGACAGGAGUGGAAGUGCUACCGCUGCAACGCCAAAUGCGACACCGAAAAAGCCCUUGAGAACCAUUUCGCUUCCCAACACGCCGGAGUCGUGUCCAAGGCCCAGAUGCGCGUUAUGGCUAGGGCUUCACGCAAAACCCUCACAAACUUUGGCAGGGACGCUUGUCCCUUUUGCAAUGACUGGAGGCCAACUUCAACAUAUGCGAACAACAGUGGGAAGUUCCGCUCCCAUGUGGCCAAACAUCUCCAGGAGCUCGCUCGUGAAGCCCUUCCUCUAGCAAUCGACGGUCUUGAGAUCAGAGAAGCAGAGGAUUCGGACGACUCCGAGUUGAGCGAUGAUGAAGACCGAGAAAUCACGGCGAGUCAACAACCUUCCGGGGUACUGUGCUAUCCUUGCGGAAAAUCCAUGGCCCACUGCAAAGUCAAGACCCGACAGCGCGGAAACGGCAACGGAACCAGACGCGCAUCAGAACACGGAAACGGGCAGCUCUGUGUUGCGCCCCCUGACUACCGCAGCUCUGAAGAAGAUCAAGUCCAGGCGAUAUAG